CAUCGCCAAUGCUAUCUUCUCCAAUCUGAAACCUCUAUAUUUCCAGAAGCCAUGUCCGUCGCCGCCCGAAUUUCUUCAAUUACAACCACCAUCAAACCCCAAUCUCGUCCCUCUUCCUCCCCCUCUGUAGUCCUCCCUAUCCGUCUUCACAAAACCCACACCAGCCAUGCUUCUCUCCGCUGCUCCAACUCCUCCUUCCUCAACCCUAUCCAUAUAACACCUCUGACAACCACCAAAUCCAUCAGCCGUAGACCUCACUCGAUCCGAAUGAGCAUGGAGGCCGGAGUGGGUUUAAUGGGUACCAAAUUGGGCAUGAUGACUUACUUCGAAUCCACCGGCAAGGUGGUUCCGGUUACUGUUAUAGGUUUUAGAGAAGGGAAUGUCGUGACUCAGGUGAAAACUGAGGAUACAGAUGGGUACAAUGCGGUUCAAGUCGGGUACCGGAGGGUCCGAGAUAAGAAACUGACGAAACCCGAGAUGGGUCAUUUGGAAAAAUCAGGGAUAAUUCCAUUGAGGCAUCUUCAAGAGUUUCGGUUACAAUCUGUUGAUGGGUUCGAGCCCAAUCAGAAAUUGGUGUUGGAGGAAUUGUUUCAAGAAGGUGAUUUGGUUGAUGUUUCUGGCACCACCAUUGGCAAAGGGUUUCAAGUCAAAGGGGCUGUUCCGGGUAAGCCCGGAAACCUAAUCCGAAUAACUCCAGCCAAGAUCGUUGGCAAGAAUAUCCCCAAGAGUUAGU